AGAGAGAGUUGCUGGGCAGGGCAGCAAAUAAUUGCUUCAUCAAGUAAACAACAAUCAUCGUUUCCCCUAUCACUGUAUUUUGAUAUUGACGCUGGUUCUUUACGGAGGCUGUGGAGGGAAUCUAGAGAAUUCUAACACGGAAUAUGUGUUGUUGCUAGCGCUGUAUGUGGUCCAUAACGUGCUGGCCACCGGAUUUCCCACACGCAGUGAAGAAAGGAUAUCCUCUCGGUGAAAGGAGAGGACGACGAAGGUGACAGGGGCUUUGAGAGGCUGAUGGUGAAAGUACCGCGGUUCUAGCGGGUAAUGUGCAACUGAGACUUGUAUUCAUGACAAAGUUUGGACAUCGAUAUCUACCCGGUUGCUAGCGCUGGCUACAAAAUAUCCCAUCCUCACUCGGGAAGAAGCCGGUGGAGGUGAUUAUACUGAGAACAGGGCAGAAAGGCUGCCUGUACGGUGUCGAAUCUGCAACAAACCCAAGCGCGCAGACUGGAUGUGGACUGUGCGGAACUGCGCGCUAAUCCAGCCUGUAUUCAACUCACUGCUUAGUGCUUUCCCCUAUUGACAGCACCAUUGUGCUCACUCGCUCUCACACCAGUAAGACCAUGUUGAAAGGGCACACGCACACACAGCCCGCGCUGGAGGCAGUGUGGAUUGCACUUCUUCUGCCAGUGCUGCUGCGCCCAGUGCAGAGCAGUAGGGCUCUAUGGUCGCAGCAUCGGCAGCCUCACUACCCCUAUAGUGAUGACAUAGAUGCAAGGCCAGACACAGCAGAGUACAGAUAUGUCCGUGAAGAGUACGAACAUGAAACAGAUAGUAGUGCUAGCUCUGUAGCCGAGCUGCUCAAACUCCUCGAGCACUUCCACUGGCACCCGUUCGAGCCGCAUUUCAUUCCAAACAGCUUUGCACGCCGGCCUAUACCCCCCUGGACAUACGACUGGCAACGAUUCCCGGCUUAUAAGUUCCCGCAGAACAUCACCGGAAUGGAGAGCGAAGCGUCCGUAGAGAGUGACUUGAGGUACUCGUUACUGGUGAUCGACGGCCUGCAUAAUGUUCUGAACUCCUCGGACCGUGAAGAGGUAUCCCUGCACGACCAGUGUCUGGUGCUGAAGCUGAGAAACCCGUCGCUGGUCUGCUUCGUCUAUCGGCAGUCCUUUCACGCGCUCAGCAACUUUGCCUGGUCGCGUCUGCCGGCGGAGAACAUCCACACUCAGCCGUACUGGUGGGUGCUGGACGACCAGGGAGGUCUGUACAACACGUCGCUGCCGGACUACAACCUGUGGAGUUUGAUGUUCGACUGGCGGAACAGCUCUGCACAGAUGUUCUACAUUCAGGACACCAUCGGCGAGGUGCUGUCCGAGUACCCAGUCGUGCAGGGCGUGUUCUUCGACGACUUUGACGGAGAGGGCUGCCUGCGCACGCUGAACACAUCGCUGCCAGCGCACUACUCGGCGCAGACGAUUUCCGAGAUGUACGCGGCGCGUCUCAAGAUGUACAGUGACGUCAUCAAGCUUAUGAACAAGAACGGCAUGAUGCCCAUAUUAGGCAUGAGCAGUCGCUUCAACACGACGAGCAACGGUUGCAUCCUGCCGGAGGAGAGUGUGCUGCAUAACCUUGGUGACGACGUCGGCUUCAUUCGCGAGGCGAUCUUCGACCGGCCUGUUUCGCAGGCAACUCCGCAAGGCUGCUCCGAAUUCAUGACGAGCACAUUAGAAGAGGUCUACUCCCAAAUCCCCACCCUGUUCUGGGCACACACUGGCCCGGGUGGUAAUCUAUCUUCUCUUGCCAUACCGGCCUUUCUCAUUGUACGAAUGGAGUACAGUUACUUCGGCUCCAGUUCCGGUUGGCAGGACAGCGAGUGGAGCUGGCAUCAGGAAUACGACCUGAAAUACGGCAUACCUAUCGAACCACCCCAGGUUAUGGAUGGAGGGAUGGUGUUCUCCAGAAAGUACUCCAAUUGCGUUGCAGUGGUUGACUGCCGGCGUCUGCGUGGCUGCGUGGGCUUCAGUUGCCAGUCGGGCGACUGUAGCAUUGAGUAAGCUUGCCACUGACUACAGAGGAGUGCCCGAUCCGGCAAUCCUGUUCUCACCACAAUGCUCAUCCGUGUUUGUCCGAGUGUGCAUGGUCUGCUGCCUCUCCUCAAGUCGUGGCAGCCAUUCACAUCUCUACAGCAUAUGCACGGAGGGAUUGGCCAGCAGUGCUUUGAGCGUGGUGGCACGAGUAGCUGCUCCAAAGACACCACAAGCUGUGCUUUGAGCGGAGCAUGACUUGCUCAAUGAGCUUCACAACCUGAGCUUUGAGCGUAGCGUAUCUCGCUCAAUGCGGGGCAUCGCAACAGGCUUGUACAACACAGCACAAGGCAAAUACAGCCAAAUAAUAUUAGUAAUAUGCCAAAUCUCAUGAAGUAGAACAAAGACAAUGCGACUGAUGUAGUAAUAUAUUCAGACUCCCCCGGGAGUGGAUGAACUAUUUAGCAUUUUAUGAUAGAGAUCAUAGCCGUAGGCUACAUACGCCGUAUUUUAUUUUCUUGCAGGUAAACAGGCAACAUUGAGCGGCAUUGGCCCGGCUGUUCAUUUUAACAUGCUAGAUGUUGUUGUUCUUGUGUAAUAAUAAUUAAGUUGAUCAGUGUC